UGAGAGUCCUGCCCACGAACACUGCAAGUGGCCGUCAACUCAUACCGCUGUCAGUCGAUUGGAUCAGCUCUGCCUCCCCCAGCCCCAUAGUCUGCAUCCCAAUUUUGAUUCUUUUUUACAUAUCUAGUACCUUCUUCGAUCGCCUAGCCUAUAUAUUAUCAUCACCAGCAGCCGUCUGUAACUCUGAGUCUGUGCUCGAAUGUUGUCUCCCCCAGCAGCGUCUGCAGCUUCUAAUGAUAUCGCGACCAUGACUUCCCCAACACAACUGCAGACAAUAUUUCUCAUUCCAAACCUACACUGUCCCUCUUGCGCCUCCCACAUCGAGGCAGCCUUGUCUGAACUCGAUCCCAAGCCGUCCUCCAUCCAAAUAUCUAUCGUCUCUUACACCGUCACAGUCCAACAUCAUCGCACGCUCUCGGUCGCUACAAUCAGCGAAGCUCUCGCUGAUGCCGGCUACGAAAUCUAUGACAUUGUCUACGAUCCAGCCUCCGGGCAGAGUGGUCAGUCCGACGGCUUGGAGCGCGGCAUCGAACCACUGCCCUUCGAGCAAGCCCUGUCCAGAUGGCGAUCCCACAUAAACGAGGUUGAAGCAACCAAGCGACGCCGUCAUCUCGAGGUCUGUCGGCAAUGCCAAGAUUUGAUGUCAAAAGUGCGGUCCUCAGUCGACGAGAAGGUGCUUCCCGUGGUGGUUGACCGUCUGUCCGAACUCCCCGAGCAAUUCGAUGCCACCUUCCUGGUGGAAGGCAUGACCUGCAGCUCCUGUGUUGGUGCUAUCACGAAAGCUCUGAAGGAGAAGGAAUGGGUUCGAUCUGCCCACGUCAGUCUCAUCACCCACAGUGCCGAGGUUGUGUUUCAAGGAGACGAUUCCGAAUCGCGUAUUAAGGAACUCAUAGCCAUGAUCGAAGCGGUGGGGUAUGGUGCCUCACUCGACCAGUUGCAAUCGCACAAGGAAAACAAGCCAGCAACACACAACGCGCCCGCCAAUCCCUGGCAUGCGAUUUACACCCUCGAGGGUAUGACCUGCAGCUCGUGCGUGGGCAACAUCACGCGGGCUGUCCAGGCUCUGGAUUUCGUCAAGAAGGUGGAAGUCAGUCUUCUCAGCCACACCGCGUCAGUCACCUUCGCAGGAAAAGAUAAUGUCGAUAUAAUCGCUCAGGCCAUCGAAAACGCGGGUUACGGCGCAGCCCUAGAAUCGUUGUCCUCCGUUGAUCCGUCGCCAGAACAAGACUCUGUGCGUACAGUAUCGAUCCGCAUUGACGGACUGUAUUGCGAACAGUGCCCAAAGCGCAUCCAAAAUGCCAUCGAAGAGCUGGACUGGGUCACUCUGGAGACCGCACCUUCGUCGAGCAAUCCCGUCCUGACCCUGUCAUACGUUCCGGACGCGCCUCGAAAUACCAUCCGGACCGUCUUAUCUGCCCUCACAGAUGUGGAUCCUUCUUUCCAAGCCUCUGUAUACCAUCCUCCCACGCUGGAAGAACGGUCAAGGAAAAUGAUGGCGCGCGAGCAGAGGCACAUUUUGUACCGUGUGAUACUAUCGGUCACUGUGGCAAUUCCUGCUUUGAUCAUUGGUAUAGUAUAUAUGAAUCUCGUUCCUCACAGUGAUUCGGGAUACAUGUAUCUCAUGACUCAACUUGGGGGAGUCUCACGGGCUGAGUGGGCUAAUUUCAUCCUGGCUACACCUGUUUACUUUUUUUCUGCAGACCUCUUUCACCGACGUACCAUCAAGGAGCUGCGCGCGUUGUGGCGACCCGGGAGCAAAGUACCGAUUGCGCGACGGUUUUACCGAUUCGGAAGCAUGAAUAUGUUGAUCAGUUUCGGCACGUCCAUUGCCUACUUUGCCUCGAUCGCGGAGCUGAUCAUCGCCGCCACCCGCAAAGCCGAUACGACAAAAGCUGGCGCACCUAAAUCGUACUUUGACUCGGUCGUCUUUUUAACCAUGUUUCUCCUCUUCGGUCGAUGGAUAGAAGCAUACAUGAAGGCAAAAGCCGGUGACGCCGUUGCCGCUCUCUCUAAACUGAAGUCGACGGAGGCGCUUCUGGUGACGACUGACAGCGCAACCGGUAUUACUACGAUGACCCAAACUGCCACGGAUCUCAUCGACGCGGGUGACAUUGUCCGAAUUGCGAACGGUAGCUCACCUCCCUAUGACGGCAUCAUCACAGAAGGGGAGUCUCAGUUCGACGAGUCCAGCCUUACAGGAGAAUCAAUGCCGGUAAAGAAGUCGAUCGGUGACGUCGUGUAUUCUGGCACGAUCAAUAAAGCCUCCCCGAUAUCCAUCCGAGUCGCCGGCGCGGCUGGAAAGUCAAUGUUGGAUUCCAUCAUCAACGUGGUGCGCGAAGGUCAAGCCAAAAGGGCCCCGGUGGAGCGGAUUGCCGACCUCGUCACGGGGUAUUUUGUCCCGAUAGUCGUCCUGAUCGUCAUUAUCACUUGGCUGACUUGGCUGGCAUUGGGCCAAGCUGGAGUCUUGCCUCCAGAUUACCGAGACACCGAGGUCGGAGGCUGGCCUUUUUGGUCGCUUCAAUUUGCGAUCGCCGUAUUCGUGAUCGCCUGCCCUUGUGGACUUGGGCUGGCGGCGCCCACGGCGCUCUUUGUCGGAGGCGGGUUGGCCGCAAAGCACGGCAUCCUGGUCAAAGGGGGAGGAGAGGCCUUCCAAGAGGCCAGUGCGUUGGAUUGCAUCGUCUUCGAUAAAACGGGCACCCUCACCGAAGGCGGAGAGCCCAAAGUCACCAACUACGAGACUGUUGUGUCUUCUGACGGCCCUGUCAACGAAGAGGAGACUCUGGGUCUGCUGAAGCGUCUCGAGGAAGACAGCACUCACCCGCUUGCCAAGGCCGCCGUUAGAUUCGCUGUAUCACGACUAAUCACGAACUGCAAAGCCGAAGUUGUUGAGGAAGUUGCUGGAAAGGGGAUGAAGGGAAUCCUUUUGGUUGAUUCUCAGCCCACCCGCAAGAUUCACGCGUUGAUCGGAAAUGAAUCGUUGAUGGCGGAGAACAAUGUCACUGUAUCUGUGGAGCAUCAAGAGCUCCUUGAUUCGUGGAAGAUGGAAGGGAAGUCGGUCAUCUUGAUCGCCGCCACAGAAAUGCCAAAUGGUGAGAAGCUUCCACAAACACAUGUGUUGUGUGCCAUUGCCGCCACUGCAGACCCGCUACGCCCAGAAUCUUUCAAGGUGGUGAGCGCGCUUCGCAAACGGGGGAUCGAAGUGUGGAUGCUCUCUGGGGACAACGAGAAGACGGCCAGGGCCGUGGCGAGUAAAGUCGGUAUCGAGACGAGCAACGUCAUUGCUGGCGUUCUGCCGGACCAGAAAGCGAACAAAAUCCAAUAUCUCCAGAAGAGAGGGACCGAGGUCACCUCACGCGGUAUCUGGGGGUAUUUCAGAGAACACAGGACUCGUGCCACGGUCGCGAUGGUGGGUGACGGAAUCAACGACUCUCCUGCACUUACUGUGGCCGACGUGGGAAUCGCCAUUGGGUCUGGCUCCGAAGUGGCAAUCUCAUCCGCUGGGUUUGUCCUCGUCUCGUCGAACUUGAGUACAUUGCUGAUCCUGAUCGACUUGAGCCGAGCGGUUUUCAGGCGGAUCAAAUUCAACUUCUUCUGGGCGGCUCUGUACAACAUGAUCGCCCUCCCUGUCGCUGCAGGAGUUCUGUACCCUAUAAACAGUGGAGGAAGUCGCAUCAGACUUGAUCCUGUUUGGGCGGCUUUGGCAAUGGCUUUAAGUAGUAUCAGUGUCGUGACUAGCAGUCUAAUACUGCGGGUGGGGGCACCUAUGAUCGGGUUUAGAGUGUCCAAGGAUUAUGAUUGAUCAAGGGCAUCAUGUCCGGAGGAUGACCAACGUGAUGAAUGACAAGGUGACUACGAUAUUUCCGGUGCCAGAUAGUUUGGUCGGUCUCGUUGACAAUCACGGUAGAAUGCUCGGCACGAAGAUAUCAAGUUUGAAUUUCGUCCCAAUUGGAUUGUGGAGGCUAUAAUGAGCUCAAGCGAUAGUGAUUACAUCCAACCACCAUCUUGACUGCUCGUGUCAUUUUGCAGGCUAUCGACCAGCGCAUAAUCUUCCGCCACCGAUAUACCUCCGCUCGGAUAUGUGAACCCAGGGUUUAAAAGGUCGAACUGCUCGAAAGCUUCGUAGGACGGAGGAUCGCUGGCGAUGUAGUUGCUGUUGUUCAAGCUCGAAUCCUGAAGAUUCUCAGCGGAGUCGAAAUCGUAUCGCGACAAAUCGACCGGAAGCCACCUGUAUUGAUGGGCUUGCUCGUACGACAUGAACCAACUAUCAGGUGAUUGUUCUGGGACUGACAUAUCUUGCUGGCUAUUCGACGAUGAAGUAGAAUUGGUGAGAGAGUAUGGAUAGUUGCUGGGGUUGACUGCUAGAGUGCUGAGGUCCUUUGCGGGAUCGUUCGUCGCUCCAAGCAAGGCGAAAUGGUGAUUAUUGGUAUAGAAUGUUGCUUUGCUCUGGCAUGAGUUCAUAUUUGUAGGGCGUGGUCUGAUUUGCUCUUUUGGCGGUAUUAACGACAGGGAGUCUUCUAGAACGGACUCAAGAUGCUCUUUCUUGAGAGAACAGGUGCAUUUUGAGAUGUGUUGGCAGCAGCAUGUAUGGGGGACUGACUUUGAUCAGAUUGAAUGGAUUACGGUUAGGAAGGGAAGCAUACUAUGCUCGCCAUCAGGCUUAUUAUCAGGACAAUCUUCCUCUAUAUGACCUUUCUGAUGACACUCACAAUGGAUAUGUUGGGAUCGAGUUUUGCGCAUGCGUCGGCAGUGCUGGCAUUGGGAGACUGGGCGGCCUUUCUUGUUGACAUGAACUAGGGGCUGAGCUGUUGACCUAUUCGUCAGCUAUAGAGACUGUGUGAAGAGAUUUGCAAUAGAACCUUGAUGGUCGCAGGAACUAACACGAUGGCCUUUGACGCAAGCCUCGCAAGCAAACUUUUCUCCGUUUAUGAGCAUCGCGGGAGGAAGUUUGUGAAGGGUCUCAAAGUCCUUCUCAAUAGACCUUGCUUGGAUCGAGAGUCGUGCGAAUCUGAGAUCCAUGAGUAAAAGUUGGGGGGACGCUGCAAGUUGCCGUGAACGUUGAAGCCGUGUAAUAAUGUGGCAACUUCCAGUGAUGCGGGGAUUCAAUGAUCGAAACGCAAUGUUACUAUCUCGAAUGAAAAAAGGUCGGAAACAGGGGAUCGACCUCGUUGGGCCGUCACAGCAGUCAAAUGUACGCGAAAAGCACUCACAUCGGCAAAUGGACCAUGUGGGGUAAGUUAAUGCCGAUCUACAUCUUAAUUGUCUCCGACGAAGUUUGGCCCCAUGCGUGCCUCCCGUGGGAAGUUGCUGCAGAAAUCUAAGCCGGGUAAGCAAUUACUUAUCAUAUUUAAUCCUCCAGCGAAAGUAGUCGUCAAUGGUCGCUGACGCUCCUCCUUGUGUGUCAACCGGCUGAUCCAGCCUCAGUAAGAGGAGCAUUUUUAUUAUAUCAAAAAAUUUGCCUCGAACGUGUAUAUCUGGGGUGUGUGGUAGAAUCAAAACGUAUGGAUUUGACGAGUGGAGAGACACCUGUUCCUCGCAGCCACCGUACUUACGCCGAGUCCGAGCUGCCCAACCCACUAGAUUCAGAGCGAUUUCGGUGGUAGACGAGGAUAAAUGAAGCCAGAGAACACGUAGAAGACUCGUCGCACUGGACACCCCCGCAGCGACGAUUUUACCGGGAACAAAACUAAGACUUUAAGGAACGCUGUUCAACCCUUACGGUAUUGAUUGAAAGACUCGGACUGACAGACCUGAAUCUUUGCUUGAUAAACAAUGAUCAGAAUAGGACAUGGAACCUGUGAAGAGUACUGCUUCGACCCCUGGAGUUCCAUUUAAUAUUCUUCCUAUAUCAAGAUAUAUCAGGCUUCCCAAAGGCCCUCCCCAAAAACCCACACCACCUAGACCAGCUCUGGGGCGCAUCAAAAGAACAUUCGAGCCGAAAUUCUGUCGAGCUUCCGGGGCACGGCCGUCUCCUUCAUCAAGCACAGGCCUCUUUGACUUCUUUGUUGACCAACCACAAGUUGAUAGGAAACCCCGUCCAGUGUCCGAAAGACAUCCCGAUCCGAGAUACGACACGUCAGCUUGACUAUCAUGAAGGAGGAUCAGAUGGAGACGGUGAGCUUGCCUGCAUCAUAAACCAAUACGUCGCAGUGUGCAUCUCCAACUUCUAAGCUUCGAAUCAAAAAGUCGAAGAUGGCCAUCCAUCCAAAGAGACCGAUCUCGAAGCAGGUCAGCGACAAGAAAUCGGCCUUCGCAGAGCGGACGAUGGGUUUCCACCCGAAGUCUCCAGCCAUCGGAGCAAUGGAAAAGAACUAGAAGACGAUGCCAAAGGCGAGUGCGGGUACGAAUUCUGAGAAGUGGGCAAGAGUAUCAGCGCAUCUAUGGAUAUUGUUGAGGACUGGUAGGUCAGAAUCUGGAAAGGGUCCAGACUUACCUACGAUGGAGGCGGCGAAGAACAUACUCCCAUUGAUUGUUCCGCCUAACGUAUAGAUCAGCAAUUCUCCCACUACGUUGCCGAGAACGCAGCCAGCGCCGCAAUGGCAGGUUGCGAUGGUGAUGGUGACGAACAUUGGUCGCUCCGCGCCCGUAUCGUGAUGUUGCUGGUGCGCUCCUUCACCAUGCUCCGAACCAUGGCCGUCGUGUCCAUUCGCCGUUGUAGCACUUGAUUUGACCAGGACGAGGGUCUGCGACCGAAUCAGUCCUCUCCAGCCGACGUUCACCGUCCGUGCUAUCUUCACUAUAACCCAUCCGAUGAUACGAGCGUAGGAACGAUUCCUCUACUCCUGUGUGGGAUCCAUCCUCGACUUCCCUUCCUAUUUACGGCAGCUCCGGCCUUCCGUACUCGAUGUACCCCUACACAGUGAUCGGCCCCAGAACCCUCUUCUUCCAGACCAGCCAACAACUGAAUCAGUGUGGGCUACAAAAUGGUUGGCUCUUGAUUGCUCGAAUAUGUUUGAGAGGCUCGGGUCCUAGGCUCCAACCACCAACAAUUCGAUAAAUCCGUUUGCUCCCUGGAAUCAUCCAGGUAGUGACAUUGUAGUAUUAAACUGCAUCCCAAGGAAGGUAAACAUCAGGACACUUAGCUUCGAUUACUUUUGCCACCUUGCUGCCUAAAACCAAAUGGUGUGUUUGUGGUACUGGAAGGAUCAUGGCUACCCUUGUCCUGUACAUACGGCCUUCGUUUCCACUUUCGAACUCAAAUAGUUGACCGCCAGAUUGACAGAGUUCACGGGUUCCAUGAGGGUCGCUGUCGUAUGCAUCAACGCGUUUUGGUGCCUUGCGCUGGCAGUGGAGGGACCUAGAAUGUUGGAUCUGCCGAUUUCAGUGAAGAAGGGACAUAGUCGUCUUCAUCAUCGGUUGAGACGCACUCCGAAGUGGUCUGUCGCCAUAUCCUCUCGGUAAAUUCGGGCUCGAUGGAGGAGAAGGUGCGGUUCACGCAGCCGUGUUGAACUUUGAAGAAGGCAAAGGAUAGGGCAAUGUGAAGCUGUCGAGCAAUCUACUUGCGGUAUGAAUUGAUAGACUUGGACCAAGAUUUCGGAAGAAUGGAGGGCCACUUUACAGUAGCAACUCUUUGUCUGUGCAGAACCUUCUCGGCGAUAUUGGCGAUUACAUCAGGACUAUAAUAACUGUCCCGAACAGUCGUUCUUGUGUAUAAAUAUCCGAAAGACGACGUUGCCGUGCACGCGCGUUGAGGUCGGGGUUUGUCUAGCAUCAAGCCCAAAAGAGGGCAGGGACGUCCACCAAGGAAAGUAGAGGAGUACGGAGGAAGACUUUGCCCGUAUUUGGCGAAGUGGAGCAUGAUCCUGCUAAAGGAGAGCUUGACGCACCAGAAAUAGACGGAAGGCAAACGGAUCAAACUUUUGACAUCCGAGAGUCCUCGCAUUGCGACAAGCCAACUCACAGUCAUGAUAUGAUCGUCUUUCGCUAGGAGCCUUUUAAAGACCUCUUUAGGACGCGAUUUAGCGGAUGACAGGGCUUCCUAGCCCACAUGGUGCAAUUCGCUGAAUGCAUCAUGUCCUCAAAAGAUUUGUUUCACAUCGACGUGCAGCGUAAUGUUCCACGCGUGCCCGCCAGUAUCAUUGAGUAGCGGCGGCCUUCGAUUCUAGAUGUGACUAUAGUGGCCCGGCCAUCUGCAUUUUUCCCAUCUGUUCUCCCACUUCAGGGAGGACCAGGUUCAAUCACGCGCGUCAGUAA